UUCUUCUGCUGCAUGCAAGGCUAACAUGCAUUAUAUUGGGGAUCUACUACAACUUUCUAUUAAACUUUAAUUCCCCCAAACCUCUUCAUCUACCCACUCUGAUCCGACUGCAGUUACAAAUCACUGGCAUGGAUGCUAGGAGAUCUAGUGACAACACUCUGAAGCAGGAGAGGAAGAUGAUCUGCUGCAGUGACAAUAAAAACAUUUGCUGUGAAGAUCACAUUUUCUGUAAUUUCUUUUAAAAACAAAACUGCAGGAGAAUUCCAAGGAUAUGGAUAAUAUUUAUGAAUAAAUCUGUAAAGCAUGGAAGGUCUUUUAGAAGAUGAAGACAAUUCAUUUUAUUCUAUGAGUUACAUGCACUUCUUAACAGCAGAAAACAUGCCAUAUCAGUUCCCAGCGGGAAGGAAUGAAUACAGUAGGCAAAUGGAGAUUAAUGACAAUAUACUGGCAAUGGGGACUAAAAUUGCAAAUUUGCCUCCUAUAAAAGAACACCACGUGACACUGACAGAGACUGAGGAAAGGCCGUGCUGUGUUAUGGUUGGUAAGGAAUUUAAAAGUGAAGAAGUAGGCGGGGCUAUAUUAUACCCACCAUUAGCAGAAACCAAUCACUUCCUAGCAGCCAACGCUAAUGCAAAGACCCGGUAUAUCCAAGUGGUUGAACAUGAACCGAGUGCAAUCCUGUUUCGGGAUUUUUCAUUAGAUAGCUCCAUACCUGGGGCCAUAGCACCCAAUAUUUUAAACUCUGAAACCUCAGAGGACAAGGAAGUUUAUGAUGAGGACGAGGAAGAAGAGUCUGAUGAAAAUGGUGAUGUCUUCACAGAAUUACCGCACUAUGAGUCUAUGUUUCCAGGACUUAGAAGGAAUCAGUGUCAUCCAAUAAGCCUAAAUGGCAACAUCAUAUUUAAUUUUGAGGAUGUUUGUCAGAUACUCAGCAGUACCCAGAGUGGUGCCGAACAAACUUUGAAUGAAGGUGAAGGGAAUAAUCUCAUGGAAGAAAGAUAUCGGUGGUCAGAAUCUAUGACAUGUCUGAUGAUGAAGCUGGAGCAGCUAAAUGUAGACAUUGAAGAUGCGGUCAUGGCUGGUGUUUCUUCAUUAAAUUUGAGCCCAACAGACUGUUCCACCCAACUGGCAAAUUCACUGGUGACAGACAGAGGAUCUCCUGAACUCGAAGCAAAAGAAGCAUGCGAUUGGCUACGUGCAGCUGGAUUCCCUCAAUACGCUCAGCUUUAUGAAGAUUCCCAAUUCCCAAUUGAUAUCGCAUCUGUAAAGCGGGACCAUGAUUUCCUUGACAGAGACCAUGUAGAACCACUUUGCAGGCGACUGAAGACGUUGAAUAAGUGUGCCUCAAUGAAACUCGAUGUCAGCUUCCAAAGGAAGAAGAGUGAAGAUUCAGAUGAAGAAGACCUGUGUGCCAUCAGUGACAAAUGGAGGUUCCAAAGACUCAGCCGCCAAUGGUCUCGGGUAGAUGACAUUGAUUCGCUGUUUGAGCGAUCGGAGAGACUUGGUUCAUCUGGGGAAAUGAAAAACACGACUAGCAGUGAAAGUGUCUUGACUGAUCUCAGUGAGCCAGAAAUAUGUUCUAUCCACAGUGGAAGUAGCGGUGGAAGUGACUGCAGAUGUUCCUAUGUUGGUAACAGUGCUUCCAGGGAAACAUUUGAGUGUGCGGACACAAUGUGUAUUCAUGAUCCCAAUUCCAUGACCAUAUUACCUCCAUGGCCUAAAGAUGUUUCAGACGGUAAGCUGAAUGCCAAGAAUGAAAAGCCUGCACACAAUAAAACAAAAACUUUUCUAAAAUGCAUGGGGACUCUUAGAUCUAAAGGGACCUAUGGUAAAUCAAAAGGCCUCCAAAGAACUGGAGCGAUAGUAAUUAGUGAGCCCAUUCUGCAACUGGAGCCUGAACCUCUGAAACCAAUUCCACAGCUGGAGCCUGACCCCCUUAAAACAAUGAGCUGUGUUGGCAAUGGCCAAGUCCAAGACUCCUCUAUGAACUUUACAGCAACUGGAAAUCUAAAUUCGGUAUCUGAAAUACAAACUAGCACUGAGAGCUCUCCUUGCUUAAAAGAAAUGCAAGCUCUUGAGCCCAACAAACGAGGAGGCAUGUACCUAGAGGACAUUGAUGUCUUUACAGAUUUAGGGACAGCAAAAGCCGGUCAUAAUCACAACCAUGACUUCCAUUCGCAAGAAGACUUGGUUGUACAUAUUCCAAAGGAUCACAAACCUGGAACGUUUCCAAAAGCACUUUCUAUUGAAAGCCUCUCUCCCACAGAGAACUUCUAUGGUGUCAACUGGCGGAGUGGAGGGAUUCCUCUUAGCAGGCAGAAAGGUAUUCGUGCUAAAGAACCAAGAAUUAUGUCUUCCAGGUGCUCCAGAGGUAGCAGGCUUAGUGUUUAUGAUAACGUGCCCGGAUCCCACUUGUAUGCCAGCACCGGGGAUCUCAUGGAUUUAGAUAGGGAUGAUUUAUUUCCUCACUUAGAUGAUGUUUUGCAGCACAUUAAUGGACUCCAACAGUCUGUGUACCACUGGUCAAAAGACAUAAUGCCAGAUCUUCAAGAUGACGAUUUCUCUGUUGGGGAGUCUGGAACCUCAAACUUUCAUUUGCCUAACCCAAUGAGCAUGGACUUUGAAGGCAAUUCUAUUUCUGAUGGUAGGACUACCCCGAGUGACAUGGAGAGAGACGCUACAUCGCUUAAUGACUCUGAUACUACUGGAACCAGAGAAAGAAGGGAUUCUGGGGUUGGAGCCUCCCUCACCAGAACAAACAGGCGGUUUCGGUGGAGCAGUUUCCAGCUCUCCCAUCAGCAAAGCAGCUCUGGGGCAUCACUUCAGAUCAGCAAUCAGUCUGCAGGCCAGCUCAAUCUGUUGCAGAAAUUCUCCUUGCUUCGCCUGACAGCCAUCAUGGAGAAAUAUUCCUUGUCAAACAAGCACGGAUGGACAUGGUCUGUGCCGAAGUUUAUGAAGAGGAUGAAGGGACCUGAUUUCAAGGAUAAGACUAUUUUUGGUGUGCCUUUAAUGGUUCAUGUACAGAGAACUGGACAGCCUCUUCCCCAGAGUAUCCAGCAAGCAUUGCGUUUCCUCCGCAGUCACUGCCUCGAUCAGGUUGGUUUGUUCAGAAAGUCGGGUGUUAAAUCUCGAAUCCAGGCUCUGCGCCAGAUGAACGAGACUGCAUCAGAGAAUGUGAGCUAUGAAGAUCAGUGCGCCUACGAUGUGGCAGAUAUGAUGAAACAGUUCUUCAGGGAUCUCCCUGAACCUCUUCUCACCAGUAAAUUAGGGGAGACCUUUCUCCAUAUAUACCAGUAUGUCCCCAAAGACCAGAGGCUCCAGGCUGUGCAGUCGGCUAUCAUGCUGAUGUCAGAUGAAAACCGAGAGGUCUUGCAGACCCUUCUGUGCUUUCUCAGUGAUGUCACCUCGGUGGAAGAGAAUCAGAUGACCCCGAUGAAUCUCGCUGUAUGUUUGGCGCCAUCACUGUUCCAUCUCAAUUUAUUAAAGAAGGACAACUCUCCAAGAGCAAUACAGAAAAAAUAUGCAACAGGAAGACCGGAUCAGAAGGACCUAAAUGAGAAUUUUGCAGCUACUCAGGGCCUGGCACACAUGAUAAUGGAGUGCAACAGGUUAUUUGAGAUUCCACAUGACGUUAUAGCCCAGUCCCGCAAUUCCUAUGUCGAAGCUGAUGUGCACGUCCUCACAAUGGAGGAAUUAGGAAAGCAACUGGAAGAGGAAGGGGGGAGCGUGAGCACGUACUUUGAGAGUACAAUUCAGGGCCUACAGAAGGAAGCUAAGGAGAAGUUCAAGGGAUGGAUGUCCCUCUCCAGCGCAGAGAACACUGACCUUGCUUACAAAAAGGUUGGUGAUGGAAAUUCAUUGAGAGUGUGGAAGGUUUCGGUGGAAGUGGAGGCCCCGCCAUCUGUGGUUCUUAAUCGCAUUUUGAGAGAACGACAACUUUGGGAUGAUGACUUGUUGCAGUCGAAAGUGAUAGAAAGUCUGGAUAACCAAACAGAAGUGUACCAGUAUGUGCUGAACAGCAUGGCUCCGCACCCCUCCAGGGACUUUGUUGUUUUGAGGUCCUGGAGAACAGACUUGCCAAAAGGAAUCUGCGCGCUGGCAGCCGUAUCAGUAGAACAUGACGAGGCCCAUCUCAUAGGAGGAGUGAGAGCGGCAGUUCUGGAUACUCGCUAUCUCAUUGAACCCUGUGGCUCUGGCAAAUCAAAGCUGACGCAUAUUUCCAGAGUUGAUCUCAAGGGCCACAGUCCUGAGUGGUACAAUAAAUGUUUUGGACAUCUUUGCGCAUCAGAGGCUUUAAGGAUCCGAAAUUCUUUCCAGCCAAUUUCCACCGAGGGUCCUGAAACAAAAAUCUGAGAAACAUUAUGACAUUGGUGGUCAAAAGUAAAGAGCCGCUAUUGGCAGGGAACUUCAGCCAAUGCCGACUGGCCAUAGAGCGAUGCUGGGACAUGUCGCUCAGUGCCAGCUGGAGGCCUGCCCAUUCACUGCCCCUGCUACAUUCUGGCAAAUAAACGACUGCACCCUUGGGUUUUGCCCUCAGACAUUCCUCUUUAAUUUAAAUUGUACAAAAGGUGUAAAUAUCUGUAUAUAGCAUAUGGAAGCGGAUUAUAUAUGUAUCACAUAUAUGUAAAUGAAUGUUAAGUAUAUAAUUUAAUGCUUUCUAAGGAAGCUGUGAUAUUAACAUUAUUAUUAUUAUUAAUAUUUGAUUCUGAUAGGGCUCACCUUGUUCUGUAUAUGUAUUAGUGCUUUUAGGUCUUACCACCAGUAUUUUAUCAGUAUAAGGGAAAUUGUAGCUUACUCUAUCUGUGUAUAGAUAUAUAUAUAUAAAUAUAAUAUUAAAAUAAUAUUUUGUUCUUCUCAUCUGUGAUGCACUGCACUGUGACCUUAAGAAGGUACCAUGUAAAUAAAGAGUAUUUUUUUUUUCAU